UCCAUGAUUGAAAUCAAAGCAACGGAAUCUGGUUGGCGCGUUUGGUAAUCGAUGCCUUUAUAAAUGAAUUGGAGAGAGGAAUAAGUUGGAAGUCUCUGAACUAAAACUUGAAUGGAAGCCAAUGUUGGAAAGCAAGCCUAUUCUGAAUUUGAUCCAUAUAGCGAGUGGCAAAAGGAGGAAUUUUAUGUUCUUAUAGUCCGCAUCCCAGAAUUCACCAAUAAACAAGGAUUGAAGGUGCAAAUUAGCAAUUUGGGAGUGGUCAAGAUUUCUGGAGAUCGUCAAGUCGGUUUUUCAAGAAUUAGAUUUUAUAAGGAAUUCCCAAUACCAAAAGACUGUAAUACAGAUGAAAUCCAAGCAAAAUUAGCAAAAGGUUCUCUCAAAAUUUCAUUUCCAAAGAAAUUUACAGCCCCUCCACCAUUAGCUGUUAAUCCUAAACCAGAUGAAGAAACAACACCAACUCUAAAAGAAAAUAACUCGACUACAUCCGCGAAAGUAGAGGACGAAACAACAAACAACUCAAGAUUGAAGAAGAUCAAGAAUGCAGCUAUGGUGGCUGUGAUUUCUGUCAUUAUGUAUAGCUCUGCAAAUAGUUGAAGGAAUCGUCCAAACACUUAGGAAUUUGUAUUAGAUGGAUUUGUGUUAUCGUUUAGGACUUUAAAGCAAAGUCCUAUUAUGUGAACUUUCAUAUAUCAAUUCAGUGACCUGAGCAAUUCGAAUGUAAGCAGAGAAGAGGGAAAAGAGAUGAGUGUGAGAGAGAAGCUAAAUUAUCUGUAUUGAAUGAAAUGAGCUCUUAGCUCAAAUGAACAAGA